AUGUUCUCGUGUGACAAGAACGACCUUGGCCAUGUCGAUCCGUCUUUUGGCGUCCAUCGUAUCAAUGUGGGUGGCAUCCCUCCGUACAUGAAGCCUAGCAGGCUGGCGCAGGCGGAACACGAGGAAGCUCUGAAGAUAGUGAGCGACUUGAAGAGCAGCGGUGUCGUCGAACCUGCUGAUUCUGAGUACAAUGCGGCUAUCGUAAUGGUCAGGAAGAAAUAUGGCAGUUGGCGUCUGUGUGUGGACUAUCGCUGGCUCAACGAAAUCACUCAGAAGUCUCGCUACGCCCCACCUUUGAUCGAUCAGUCUUUUGGUUCCCUCCAGGGCAUGUCGUGGUUCACAACGCUCGAUGCGACGUCGGGAUUUUGGCAGGUCGAAGUCAGCCCAGAAGACAGGCACAAGACGGCCUUCUCGGUCAACGGGCAAUGGGUCCGCAUGCCCAUGGGCCUGUGCAACAGCGUAGCGACAUUCCAAAGGUGA